AACUCACUCAAGACUUAGUGACUACUUCAUGUAAAACAUGCCAAUCACCAGCAGCAGCUCUCAAAGCUUCACUAGCUUCGUUAAUGGCUGGCUUACUCGUCACAGGUAUUUCGUCGAACAGCUUACAUGCGCUUCUUCCUUGGACGAAAUCACCGUCGAAGAACAGCAAUCUCUGGUGACCCAAUUCCUCUCUCACUGUCUUCAAUACUACCAAGAGAAAUCCGCCGUCGUUUCCCUCGCCGGCGACAACGUAUUCACUUUCUUCUGCCCACCGUGGUUCAGCUCCUACGCUAAACUCAUUCUCUGGGUCGGCGAUUUCAAGCCUUCCCUCGUCUUCAAACUCACCGAGGCCUCCGUCGACGACCUCACGCGCCACCAGCAAGACCUGAUCUCGAGUCUCCGGUCGGAGACGAGGAGGAAAGAGAGGGAUGUGAUACGUGAUUACGCGCUCGUGCAGCAGAGCGUGGCGGAUCCGCCGGUGAUGUUGGCGGCGAGGCGUGUUGGGGUGAGUGAAAUGGUGGACGGAGAAGAGUCGGAUUUGGAGGAGGCGAUGGAGGUGCUUAAAUCGGGGAUGGCGGCGGCGAUGAACAACGCCGAUCAGCUACGGUGUUCGACGGUGGGGAAAGUGGUGGAGAUUCUUACUCCGUCGCAGGCGAUUAAGGUGUUGAGGACAAUCGGAGAGCUUCACCUUCGCUUAAGGGAAUUGGUGGGUUUGGAAGGUGACCACGAAUGAGACCAUCGAAUUUGCUCUGCUUCUUCAACCUAUUAACCAUAUAUGGAGUCGAUCAUUUUUCUUUCGGGUCUCUUUGGAUCUUGGAAACAUUCGCUUUUGAUGAUUUUGAUCUUUAAAAAGAUUUUAAAAUCGGGCAAUUUUGUUGUCGUGAUUAUAUUAUGAUGUAAUGUUUUUGGCUUCGGCUUCUUUCUUAGUUCCUAA